AUGAGCGACGCAUCGCAUCCCAAGCGGCGGUAUACACGCCCGGCGACAGGUGAUGCGGGCCCUGUCUUUGGUGGUAUUCCGGCAUCUGUGCUGGAAGAUCCGCUUCUCAACGGCGCGAUUGACAGUCUACUGCCGAGGCACUACAACUUUGAGAUUCAUAAAACGGUCCACCAAAUCCGCCAGUACCAAGUCACCUGUGUGGCGCUACAGAUGCCAGAGGGACUGACCAUGUGGGCGACAGCUAUUGCAGACAUUAUUGAGCGGUUUACAGGUGCACAAUCUGUGAUUAUGGGUGACGUGACGUAUGGUGCGUGUUGUGUAGAUGACUACACGGCUAUGGCAUUGGGAUGCGAUAUGUUGGUGCACUAUGGCCACAGUUGCCUGGUGCCUGUCGACCAAACGAUGAUCCGUACGCUCUAUGUGUUUGUCGAGAUCCAUGUGGAUACCACACAUCUGUACCACACGAUUCGUGCCAACUUCCCGAGUGAGUGUGCUCGCUUCCGGGACCGGGUAUUGACGACCCCACAAGAGCAGGCCACCCGGCCCGCCGUGGCGGUGGACGUGCCUGCGCCAUCGAGGCCAACGCACUUGGCAGUCGUCGGCACCAUCCAGUUUAUUGGUGCUAUCCAAGCGAUUCGUGAUGCGCUUACGUCGGAGAACGACGCGGCGCCUGCUGCGAUCGGCGCAGGGGACGACACCGAGGAGCCCGUGAAGCAGGGGCCCUACCGAAUCAGUGUCCCGCAGAUCAAGCCCCUCAGUCCUGGCGAGAUAUUAGGAUGCACGUCUCCCAAGCUCGAUGCCUCGGACGUGGAUGGUGUGCUGUAUGUGGGCGACGGACGAUUCCAUCUCGAGUCGAUCAUGAUUGCGAACCCGCGGAUCCCUGCUUUCCGCUAUGAUCCGUAUACGAAGCGACUCCAGCGGGAGCUGUAUGAUCACACAGAGAUGCGCCGUCUGCGCAAGCAGGCCAUUCGGGACGCGCAAGCCACACUGGAUCACCCUGCGCCAGCGACGCAAGGUGCAUGGGGACUUGUGCUCGGUACGCUAGGGCGGCAAGGCAGUCACAAGGUGCUGGACUAUCUGCGCACGUCUCUGCAGGACCGGCACGCCCAUAUACCCCACGUUCCGAUCCUCCUGUCGGAACUGUCGCCACAAAAAGUCGAGUUGUUUGGCGAGCACCUAUCUGUGCUUGUGCAGACGAGCUGUCCGCGCCUCUCGAUUGACUGGGGCUCCGCCUUUCCGCGCCCUUUGCUAAGCCCCUACGAGGCGGCUGUAGCCCUAGGCCGCACGCCGCCCUGGGACGACGCGCCUCGCGACCUGGGUCUCGCUCGGUACCCUGCCUCGCAGGCCGCGCCCGACGACGCCGCGAAGCACGACUACCCGAUGGACUUUUACGCGAAUGCCUCGCUGGGACCGUGGACGCCGCGCCAUGGCCUCGGUUCGAUUCGCAAGGCCGGACGCAACCACCGCGCCCUGCUCCAGGCCUUGGGCCUCGGCCCGCCGCGGCCGCCCGCCGCCCAGACCGCCCCUCGCUAG